GUCUGUGUUUCUGGUCCCUUCUCCUCUCACAUGCUCACUAGAGGACAAGGGCGGCCCGUAAGCAGCUGCAGCACAUCAGCCUCACAGAGUUUGGAGUGUUCUUUUGUUUUGUGGAGUACCUGAGAGUGUCCCUUCUCCAAAACCACCAUGAAAGCCACCAUAUUCUUCAUUCUGUUGACCGUUUUGGCUCGUUCAAGAGGCCAGUACCACUACCAGGGCCUGAUGAACUAUUUGGAAAACAGGAUGCUCGCUAUGGAGGAACGCAUUUCCUUGUGGCAUGAACAGAACAACCGCUACAACUCCGACCUGAAGGAAUUCAGGCAGCAGGCCGCAGACCUGUUGGAGAAGUUGGGCAAGGAGCAUAACAAACUGCAUUUAGACAUGGAGGGCGCAGGAGCACGGGUAGACCGUGUGGAGCGUGAGAUGGACUACAUUGAAACCAAAAAUCCCCCUAAGCCUUGUAUGAAAGCAGCAGACAAAAUGGUGGAACAGGACGUGGUUGUCAGAGAGAGGAAGAAGGAAGAGUUCUUUGAGUUGUCUGUGUGCGUGAACAUCGUAUCCAGUCUAAAAGCAAUGAAGAUCCUUAAGAGAUUGGGAAGCCCGAAAGGUGUCUGGACCAAAGAUGCCAGAUCAGCAAAAGUCUACGCCUUCAACGGGACGUCCGACAACACGCUGUACGAGUUCAACUCCGUGCGAGCGCUCUCGGCAUCAUCAGGCGUAUCUAAAGGCAGGCAGAUCACCGUGUCCAUCGCUUGGAAUGGGACCGGUCAUGCAGUCUACGAUGGCUUUCUCUAUUACGUCAGUGAAAGUUCAGAGCUCCAAGUUAUCAAGUAUGACCUCAAGAACGGUUCGGUUGCAGACAGCGCAGUUUUCCCCAUGGAUGACCGCAGCCCGGUGUACCAGCUCAAUCCAGAGACGCUGGUGGACCUGGUGGCGGAUGAGGAUGGGCUAUGGGCGCUGUAUCCGGCUGGAGACACUAUUAAUCUUGCUAAGAUGGAUAUAGAUUCUCUGGAUAUAGAGCAGAUGUGGGACACGGCGUGUCCAAGGAAUAAUGCUGAAGCUGCUUUUAUUGUCUGUGGCACGGUUUAUGUGGUUUAUAACACCAAGCCACCGAGCCGCUCACGUGUGCAGUGUGUAUUUGAUGUAAAUGACAUGGUAAGCAGUGGCGAGGCCCCUUUGAUUUAUUUCCCCAGGCGCUACGGUGCCCAUUCCAGCCUCAAAUACAAUUCCGAGGAGCGGCAGCUCUAUGCUUGGGAUGAUGGGUACCAGAUUCUGUAUAAACUAGCACUGAAGAAGAAGUUAUGGGCGAUUAUGCCACCACCUGAGGAAUAGUGACCCUUUUUUAAGCUCUUAAAGGGCUGUAUAUUCCUGGGUACAAAAAGUUUGUGAUUUUCCUAAAGGGACAGUUACGGAAAACAAAAAUCAUGCCAUUAUUUACUCACCUUCAUAUUGUCAAGUAUGGAGUAAUUUCUUCUAAAGAAAACAUUUUAAAGAAUAUUUUCCUUUCAGUUACACUGGAUGAGGAAUAAGGCAUUUGAGCCUCAAAAAGGACACAAAACCACAGUUAGAACUUUUAAAGAUUUAUUUUUGGUGUUUUACCUUUAUUAGCAUAGGACAGUAUUUAGACAGCAAAGUGGGAGAGAGAGAGAGAGAGAGAGAAAGAGGGGGUCGGGAAAGGUCUGUGAGCUGGGACUCGAACUCAGGGUGUCCGAGGUGCCACAGCUAUAUAUAUAUAUAUAGAUAUAGAUAUACACACACACGCACGCGUGCACACACGCACACACACACGCACGCACACACACACACAGUCAGAUCUUUUAAAUGAAUUAGUUAAUCCAGUUCACAAAACCGGUCUGAAUCAUUUGUUCAUGACUGAAUCUGGUCUCAAAUUCAAAUCAUUGAUUCAAUGAUUUAGUUGCAGCAGUUGACUGAAGAUUAUCUGUUCUUUAAUUUGGGUCUUUUUCUCACAAAAAGCUAUAAUAUGACUUUUAAUAAAACAUGAAUCUGAAGAGGAAACAAAUUAAUAAAAUAUUGUGUGCUGUAAUUUGAACCCUGCUGUUUUUCUGCAGUACAUUAAUUUAAAUUAACGUAAAUGUAGGUUUGUUUCUCACAUAAAAGUAUUUUGUGUUUUCAGAAGACAGAAGACUUGAAAUUAUGAGACCACUUUUAUUAUGGUAGUUUUGUUUCCUUGCUCCCAUUCAUUGUAUUUAAAGGGUUAGUUCACCCAAAAAUGAAAAUUAGCUCAUGAUUUACUCACACUCAAGGCAUCGUAGGUGUAUAUGACUUUCUUCUUUCAGACAAAUCCAAUCAGAUUUAUAUUAAAAAUUGUCCUUGCUCUUCCAAGGGCCUCCUGUAGCGAAUUUAUGCAUUUUUGUAAGAAAAAAUAUCCAUAUUUAAACCGUUAAAAACAGUUCUCUCUCAAUUCCGCUAACUGUUGUACGUGCAAGCCGUUUCAGGCAGUUGACAUAGGACGUAUGCGCAGCGCACGCCCCAGCGAUUAGUGAUGAACGUGGAAGCGCAGGGGAGAGAGAGCAAAACAAUAUGCCGGUCACGAAUUAGAAGUACAAAAUGAGGAUUUGUAAAGAAAAAUGUCAGAGGAUUUUGAUAUAAGCCAAGAGGAGUAAGGAUACUUUGCUUCCUUUGCUCCUGUAAACAAUACGCUAUGCAUACUUCCUACGUCAUCCGCCCGGAACGGCUUCCGCGUACGACAGUCAGCGGAAGUGAGAUAAAAAUGUUUAUAUUGUUUUACAUAUGGAUAUUUUUCUUACAAAAAAUGCAUCGAUUCGCUACAGGAGGCCUUUAUUCACUCCCUGGAGCCAUGUGAGGCAUGUUUUAUUAUGGAUGGAUGCACUUUUGGACUUCUAUUUCUAUUUAUUUGACUUCUUUUGGACUGUUGAAAAAAAAAAAACACCCACCCACGGCCAUUAUAAAGCUUGGAAGAGCAAGGACAAUUUUUAAUAUAACUCUGAUUGGAUUCGUCUGAAAGAAGAAAGUCAUA